GAUUGAUGAAAAAAUGGCAGAAGAAUUUAGUAAAAAAUUUGCUGGUGAAUCUAGGGACGACAAAAAACUGCUAAAAAAAAACAAAAAAGCGUCUAAGACUGCUAAUAAUCUAAUAGCAACUGAAGUUCUAAAAGCUGAUUAA